AUGCCUAACAGCCGCACCGAAGCUGCAAAAAUUGAGCUCUUGCCUACUAUCAUCGACCAACUCGCGCGCGAUGAGCCAGACACUCUGUGGGGAGAAUAUCCCACAUCGACCGGGACGCUUGACGAGGGCUAUAAACAUCUUUCAUACAAACAAUUCGCAAACGCCGUUAAUGGCGUGGCUCAUCACAUUGAGACAACUCUUGGUAAAAGAGACUCCGAAGAGCCAUUGGCUUUUCUAGCUGCCAAUGACCCGCGAUGUGCCAUUGCGCUCGUUGCGGCAAUGAAAGCUGACACGCAAUUCGCCCCUGUCCGCGAGCUUCUGUCGGAAAUUAAAUCUUUAACAGUGAUCGAGCUUAAGCCGUUGGACGAGCUGUUAAAUGAACCCCAACCGGAGUACAGUUUUGAUAAGAAACUUAAAGGGAUGGAGAGUCAAACUGCCUUCGCAGUUCACACAUCUGGAUCAACAGGUUUCCCUAAACCCAUGCGCAUUAGCCAUGAAUACAUUUCCCGGGCUGCGCAAAAUAUCGGCUUGGCCCCCCCGGACGGAUUCGAGAUGCUGAAUUCCCUAACGGGGAAUAACAGGAAUGUCCUUCUACUUCCCUUGGGACAUCCAGCAGGUGUACACUUUGGAGUUUUCAAUCCCUUCUUUAACAACACCACCGUUAUUUUACCUUUACCGGGUAUCCCACCUACUGGAGAAGCUCUGUUAGAAAUCCUUAAGCACACCACGGCAGAUUGGGCGACCAUGGCUCCACUAACCCUCGAGGGCAUUUCUAAAGACGAGAGAUUGUUGGAUGAGAUUUCGCAACGUUUGAGUAUGCUUCUCUUCUCAGGGGGUAGCCUCCCAAAGGUUUUCGGAGACGUAAUCGCUACCAAGAUCAAGUUAACUUCUCUUCUUGGGUCUUCCGAAUCUGGACCAAUACCGACCAUGUAUCCCUUAGGGUACAACUUUGAAAGAGAUUGGAACUUUAUCCAGAUUCAUCCUGCGCUAGGCGCGAAGUUCGAUGAUUCGGCGGCAGGUGUUGCGGAACUCGUUUGGGAGCGUUCUCCAAAGACGGAGCCCUACCAAACGGUGUUCACGAUAUACCCAGAUUUACAGGUUUUCCGCACUAAAGACUUGUUCACUCCGCACUCGGAGCUUCCCAACACCUGGACACAUGCUUCCCGCUCAGACGACGUUAUUGUGUUUCUCCAUGGCGAGAAAAUCAAUCCGAUUGCGUUUGAAAGCAAUAUCAGUAAACACCCAGAUGUAUCCGCGGCAUUGAUGUUUGGACAUCAGAGAUUCGAGCCGGGGUUGUUGAUCGAACCAGUGGAAUCAAAACGUCCUAUGACAACGGUUGAAAAGGCACAAUUUAUCCAGCGUAUAUGGCCGAGCGUUGAGCACGCCAAUAGCCUCUCACCGGGAUACGCACAGGUAUCACAAUCUCAUAUUUUGUUCACAGAUAGUGAUAUGCCGAUUCCUAGAACACUCAAAGGCUCCAUCAGACGUGCAGAGGCAUGGAAGCAGUAUGCCACCAAAAUUGCCAGUGUUUACGAUGAUGUAGACUCCAUGUGGACUCCCGUUGCGAACAAAUCGGCAGCAAUGGGAACAAUCGAAGGAAUAGAGAAUCUCAUUCGGAGUUCGAUUGUUGACGUGGCGAAAUGGGCUGGAGAUGAAAUUGACUCGGAUACCAACUUUUUCAACCACGGCAUGGACUCUCUUCAAGUUCUGAGGCUUGUCCGGCUUCUUCGUUCCAGAUCCGCUCUUCGCUCAAUACAGCCAAGCACAAUUUACCUUCACCCAACAGUUGCUCUUCUGGCAACUGAACUUAAAGAGUUAGCCAGUGAUGUUGAGACAUCAACCAAAGCCAAAAAGCCAGUACAGCUGCGUAGCCGACAGGAAACGUUAGACCGAUUCACUAGAGAAAUCGAUGCCAUUCAGCCGGGAGUCAAAAUAUCUCCCUCGGAGAAAGGUGACAAGGCUACCGUCGUUUUGACUGGAUCGACUGGUUCCAUUGGCUCUUAUAUACUUCGAGCCUUAAUUGAAGAUCCUCGUGUCCAACAUAUCUACUGUCUCAACCGUUCCUUGGAGUCGAAAGACUUGCAACACCAACGCAACAAAUCAUUGGAUCCUACUUUGCCCACUACAUUUCCAGAGGAUAUGGUGACGUUUUUAAAGUCCGAUCUGUCAGACUCAAAAACACUUGGCCUAUCGGAAGACAUGUAUACCGUCAUUCGGGAGCGAGCCACCCUUAUAAUCCACAAUGCAUGGAGGGUAGACUUCAACGUUCCGCUUCAAUCUUUUAACGACCAAAUCGCUGGAGUUGUGAACUUGUCUUCCUUAUGUGUGAAAUCUAGCCAUCAAGCGGCCUUCGUUUUUCUAUCAUCCAUCAGUGCUGUGAUGGACUUUGAUAGUACCCAACAUGGAGAGCAGGAGCCGUCUUCCCACAACGUCAUUUCUGAAACCAUAAUCACCGACAUUAAUGCUGCAGCCCCAGCUGGGUAUGCUGAAAGUAAGUACGUUGCCGAGCGACUCCUUGCACACGCAGCGGAAAAACUAGGUCUUCCGGACGUGUCAAUCCUACGUCUAGGCCAAAUUGCAGGCCCUGCUAGAAGUAAUGGCCAUUGGAAUGUUACUGACUGGGUACCUUCUCUGGUCCUGGGCUCGAGGGCUUUGGGAGUCAUUCCCAGCUCCUUGCAGAAUGAUGGGAAUAAGGAUGAAGACGCGUCGAUUGACUGGUUGACUAUCGAUACUGUCGCGGAAGUCAUUUCCGAGAUUGGCUUGAACGCUGCUACAAACUCUAGUAGACAAGGUCUCAACGUUUACAAUGUUUUGAACCCUCAAAAGACAUCGUGGAAGUCAUUGUUGCCAUCCAUCACGACUGCUUUAGAACAGGAAGCCAACACGACCGUUCAAAUAGUUUCCCCCACAGAAUGGAUAGAAAAACUCAGAGCCAGCGCUUCAGAGAUCCUGAAAUCUGCGUCUCCAACGUCAGACCAGCAAACAGACGCCUUGCUUCGCGCCAAUCCUGCGUUGAAGCUCAUUGAUUUCUUUGAUGGGCUUUUUGGCUCCGUUGACAAGGGAGGAUACAACAUCAACAAGAAGACGGCUGCUUGGGAGACAAGCAAUGCCAAAAGAGCCAGUAGCAAGCUGAGAGAUGCAGAGGCUAUCGAGGGUGUGAUGAUGGAAAGGUGGACCAAGCAGUGGUGUGCUUUAUAA